UAUUUAUUUUCAUUUCCUUUCCUUUCUGCAUAUAAAUACAUCGCCCUUUCCAUUCCUUAAAAAAAAAGAAAAAAAAAAGAGUUCAAUAGAUAGAAAUGAUAUCAGACACUACAACACUAAAUUACUUUGAACAUGAGCUGGAACAAAAACUAAUGUACAUGUAUCAAUACGAUGUUCAACAGUCUUACGAUGAUGAAGGUAUGAUUGUAGCACAGCAUUUAUCAUCAGAACAGUAUGAUUACGAAUUCCCCAAAAAAUCACGGCUUAAUGGUCUAGCCUACUUGGACUUUGAUGAUUCUUUUUUUGAUUUAUUUUCAUUUCAGGAGAUUUUGUCUGAAGAUGAUCAUAUGUACAAAGAAGGUGCAUGUUAUAAUGAAUCAGUGCCUAUCAUGGAUACAGAUAAUUCAAGUAGUGGUUCUAGUAGCAGUAUUCAUACCACAGAAUCUCGUAUUAUUCUUAUAAAACUUAAUAAAUCAUCUUUAACCUAUCUCGCAAGCGAUGAAAGGUAUGAGGAUGAAAGUUGUGAAGAAUUGAAAUCAGAUUGUAUCUUUUAUCCUAUCUAUAAUCAUGAUGAUAUACGACAUCAAGCAGCAACAAAAAUACAGGCCCUUUGGCGAGGCUAUCGAGAACGUUGUAAUCAACCUUGUUACAAACAACAGUCUAAAAUGUCGAUCCAUCUAGUCAAUCUUUUUAAUCAACUAGAUAGACGUCGACAAGAUGAUGUUCAACAUAAGUUAGAGCAAUUAGAACGGCAAGUCUGUGAGGAACGUGCAAUGCGAGUUGCCUUUGAAAAAGCAAUGGAAGAUAUGACCGUCUUGAUCGAUCAACAACAAAAGAGUUUAUUUGACCGACUUGUAGAACAAGAGACAGAAAUUCGUAAACGUCUUGAGACCGCCUUGGAACCAUUAGAUAAAAAGUUGCGUAAAGAAAUGCAUGCAAGACUGAAGUUGGAAGAAAUGAUGUCGCGUGUCCUGGAUCAGUUACAUAUGUCUGAAACAUUACGUGAAGCAAAAGAGGAAGAAAUAAAAUCAAUUUCAAUUAAAUUAGAAAAGGCAGUUGACGAUAUUACAUUAUUAAAAAAGAAACAGCAAACUAUGACUACAAAGAAUCCUAAAAUUCAAACAAGCAUGACACACUCUCUUCAUCAACCGUCACCACAACGAAUGUCAUCUAUAACUAUAAAUAGGAAAAAUGUCACAACUGAUAUUGGUCAUAGACAUCAACAACAACAACAACGUAAUACUAAUAAACCUGUCAAACACACAAACUUCAUUAAUAACAAAACGAUUGAAAGACUUUCUGCUCCUGUAUCUUCUAAUCGACGUUUACCAAUCACAAAAAUAACAAGUCAACAAGUUACUCCAUCUGUCAAACGUAAGACAGCAACAAUAUCAAAUAGUAGAAAGUAAUGACAAGUUUAUAUAUUUAUAUAUACUACACAUUAAUAUAAUAAUAUACGUAUACGUGUAUAUGUACAUUAUAAUCAAAAGAAGGAAAGAAAAAAAAAGUUCUCUGCUUUAAUUUAAUACUUUAUUAUAAUAAAAUUGUGUAUAUACUACAUACCAUAGAAAGGUCAUUAUUAAC